AUGCCUAUAGGAAAUCCUGAACCUUAUAUGCAGAUACUUGCAGGAUCAUUGGAUACAGGUUACAACGACAAUGAUGGAAAGAGUCAAGUUGGAAAGAGGCUGUCCCCAGGGUUCCUGCUUGGGAUCUACGCUUUGGAAUCUUGUAAGGAACACAGCCUUGCUAUGACCAACAGCAAGGAGUGGGUACCCAGGAUCCCACCAGAUGACAAACCCAAACUGAUCUGGAUUCCAGCUCAUGUGGGUGUUACUGGCUGUGAAGUGGUGGACUUCUUUGCGAAAUCUGCAGCCAAUGACUCCAGUAUAUCAGUAAACCCAAGAUUCAAUCCUAAUAUCCUGUGUAAAAUCAGCAAAGAUUCCGAAAAAGUAGAACACUUUUGUUGCUGUGCUAUUGGUAGUAGAGAUCGAUCUUUAUCAGUUUGGUUGACAUACUUGAAAAGGCCUCUGGUUGUCGUCCAUGACCUCUUCUCAAAUUCAGUUUUAGAUAUAUCGUGGAGUCAAAAUGGAAAGCAAUUAAUUGUGUGUUCUUGGGAUGGAACAGUAGCAUAUAUUGGAUUCGGUGAUGAAGAAAUUGGUAAACCAGCAACAGCUGAGGAGAAGAAUCAUUUACACCAGAGCUUAUAUGGCAAAAGUAUGGCCAUGACAAAUCAUACAGCUUCUUCAGCUUUAACAGUGGUUGAAAAUCCAGAAAUUUUAAAAUUGCAAGAAGAAAUAAAAAUCAAAGAGGAAGAAGAAUCCAAAGACAUAUCCCAGAACUGUGCUUCUCCACUGAUGCCAGUUUUGAGUGAAAUUGGCAUUCCAAAACUUGAGCCACAAACAUCUUCGAAUUCUCAGUGUAGCAGACCGUUACCUCAUAUAAAAGGUCCGACAGAUAAACAAAUUGAAACACGAUUAGCAGAUGGGAGAAGAAGGAUAACGCCAUUAUUUAUUCCACCUCCUCCUGAUAUUGGAGAAGUGCCUACUCCUUUUAAUGCACGAGCCCCACCUACUUUCAGUUCUUCCUCAGAAAGUAAAAGUAAAAUAGUUAUUGAAAAGCGUGAUGAAUCAUGUGAAGCUUCUAGUCAACAUUCUACAGCUAAAAAUGAAAAUUCAUCUGCUGUCAUCAAUUCAUUUCCAGCAACUUUAACUACAUCUAUUACUACUACUACAUGUUCACCUGCAUCUGUAGUUACAAGUAACAGUAUUGUUACAAAUAACAUUAAUGGUGUCAGUGUAUGUGCUACAUCUAUUAAAACUUCAGUCAUAUCAAGUACUUCAAACUGCAUACCUGUGACAUCGAAUGUAACAUUAGUUAAGCCCAUUACUAAUGCAUCUGUCAAUAUACCAUCUGAGCGUAAAGUAAUACAGGAAGAGCCUACAAACAAACCAGAAAUCGUAACGCCUGUUCAAAAUGAACAAAUAUCUGAGAAACCCAAAGAAAUUCCUUCCAGCACUCCUGUUACUAAAACAAAAGAAACAUCUUUGCCAUCAAAAAGUACAACAUCUGAUGUGGUAGCAGUUUCUUCUUCGCAGAAGAGAAAAGCUGAAGCACAGCCUGUUGUUCGAACUGAAAAGAAAAAACCUGGUCGUCCACCUGGUUCUGGUUCACAAUCACAACAAGCUGCCAAAUCUGCUCCUGAAAAAGUUUCAGCUGCACCAGAGAAAGUUGUUCCUGAAAAGUCAACUCACUUGAGUUCUGCAUUACACUUACCAUCACUGAAAGUUGAUAAGACAUCUAAUGUUUUGAUAUACCAUGAUAAGAAUAGUGGGUCUCCAGUCUAUCUAGAAAUUGAGAAUAAUAUUUCAGUAGGAUCUGGUGUUGUAAUACAUAGGCUGAAGUGCUUAUUUGGUACAACACUAAAAUGGGAAAUUGCUUUAAAUAAUAAAGGUGCAGCAGUUGCAGGCAGCAUGUUGUUGUGUUGUGUUGUGUGUGAUGACAAUACUUUAUCUGUAUUUUCCAAUAAUGGACGUCGUUUAUAUCCUCCUAUUGUUUUAACAUCAUCUGUUACUCGGUUAUCUUGUAGUGAUCAAUAUGUUAUGGUAAUAACAUCAAAAGGCUACUUGUCAGUUUGGGAUUGCUCAAAAAUAAAAUGUUUAAUACAGAAUGAAUCUUUGUUACCUAUAAUGCAAGAAGAUACAACUGGAGAUCUUUCUGUACGAGGCACUGGCCUUAGUGACAAUGGUAUCCCAAUGGUUAGCUUGUCAAAUGGAAAAUCUUAUGUAUUUAGUGCAGAUAUGAAAGCCUGGUUAUUGGUGAGUAAUGCAAAUAAUGCUCUUCAACUGUGCUCAGAUCACCAGCUAAGAUUUUCUCCUCAAGAUCUUUCUAAUGGGACAAUACUUCCCCUUGCUGCUCUUCAAGGCCAAACCCAGAGUAAAGCCAUGCGUUUAGCGAGAGGCAUUCUUAAUAGCGACCCAAAUGUGAGACAGAUUGGAACAUUAAGUCAUUUAGAUUGUCAGUUAGCAGCUGCAUUGAGUUUGCACUCCAGUAAAGAAUACAAAUUUUGGUUACUUUCUCUAGUCAGAUAUUUAGUACAAGAAGGUUUAGAAGCAAGAUUGCGUGAUCUUUGUGAUAGUCUUCUUGGACCUGUUGUGAAAACAGCCAAAAGCUCUGAAUGGCAGCCAAAUAUAAUGGAAUUACAAAAGAGAGACCUUUUAAAAGAUGUUUUACUCAUUGUUGGAUCCAACCUCCGAUUUCAGAGGCUGUUUGUUGAAUAUAGGGAUCAAUUAGAAAAUACGAAAACAUAAAUGAAGUAUAAAUUCUAUAUGUAAAGCAAGAAAUGAAAACUUGAACCUGUGGGAUAUCAAUACUGCCAUCAUUUUAAAGACCACAGAAGUGCUCAAAUUGUAUUCUAAUAAUAGCUUACUCUUUGUGAAUGAAAUAAACUAUGUGAUGUCUGUUAUUUGUGAAUUUCAACUACAUUAUGUGCAUAACUGAUCAAGGACUAUCCCAUGAGCUAAGCUGUAUUUCGUUCUAUUUUAAUAAAAGUGUUUAAAGUAAAGAAAAAUUAUUAAAAUUAAUUUAUUAGGAUUAUAUUAAUAAAUACAAAUUUUCAUAAUUUCCUUCCCUUUUUUUCUGAUAUUUUUCAGGGCAUAAUUCUGGUCAAGAAGUAAUUCAGUAAAAAUUUAUUUUUAAUAUUUUGUUUUUAAAUAUUAAAUUUUUGACCAGAGUUUAAAAAAUUAGAAAGUAUUAUUAAUGAUGUUAUUUGAAUUUUUAAAUAGUUAUUCUUUUGCACAAUCAUUUUUCUGUUUUUUUAAAGAAUUUACCAAGAGUUGGUUGUAUUAAAUGUCUCUUAUUGUACAAUGAAUAAAAUGUAAUAAAAAUGAUUUAAAGGGAAAAAGAAAGUGAUUUAGAGUGAAAAAAGUGAUAAAUCUUAUCUACUGCAGCUUGUAAAUGAUGGUUGUUUAAAUCUGUUCAUUACUGAAGCUUGAUAAUUUAAACAAAUUUAUGUUAAGUGUGAAGUUUUACAUUCCAUUUUACUCAUUAUUAUUUUAGUUAAAACCAUUUAUGUUCUUUUGUUAUAUUUUCCAUAUUUCGUCUGAUUUUAUCAUGCUUCAAUUUAUUGCGUAAUCACUCUUUUUUUGUUAAACUAAAAAUACACCUAAGAAAUUUGACAUUGUUUUUCAACUUUUCUGCAAGAGAUUUAAUUGCAUGAAAAACAAAUCAAUAAUCCAUUUUUUUUUGUGCCAAAUACAUAGAAAUAGUUUAUCUUUUGCAUUCUAAAGUUGUUAAUUUUUAACUGAUGAAGAAAAGAAAAAGGUUUUAGCUCAUGGAAAAAAAUGAUAGUGAAUUGCAAGUGAUAUAAUAAUGUACUUGAUUAAAUAAUUAUGAAAUGUGUUUUCUUGUAAAUAGUAGUUCAUAAUUUUAUUAGAAUUUUACUUUGUGUUUAUAACAUACAUUUUCAUCAUUAAACUAUAUUGUGAUUAUAAUUUUCCAUGAAAAAGUGAUACUUUGUAAAUAGCCAUUGACAGUAUGAAAGUGCAUUAUCAUCAUUUGUCUCUUUUAAAGAACUAUGACAAAGAUAUAAGCAAAUUUAAGUAAUUGUCAUUAUUUUCUACUGCAUUCAGAUUGUUGUAUAGUGAAUGUUAGAAUAAUAAAUUCCUAAAUGUCAGUAAUUUUUGUAAUCUUUAUUUGUUAUUUUUUCAGUUAGAAAUAUUCUUUGAUUUGUUGAAAAAUUGUAUAUAAUGCCUUCGAAUUUACAUUCAUGGAUCAAAAUUAUUUAAUAAGAUGCAUAAUUUAUAGUAGUUUUUAUACAAAAGAAAUAACUACGCAGUCCUGCAGUCCUAACCAUUCUCAGUUCUUGAGUAGUGUUCAUUGUAUUGUUUGCUAAAUAAAAAUACACUAUAUUUUAGUAGCAUUUUUAAUUAUAAAUUUUUAUUUUGCAUGUUUUGAAAUUUCAUGAAAUAUGUAAAAGACUUCUGUGACAUAUCGUAUACUGUUAUUACAGUGCACUUUAAUUUUUAAGCUCUGUUGUAUUCAUCAUCAAGUGCAAAUGAAAUUAACAGAAUCCUUCAAAACACAGUAUUUUAGUCAAAACAAUAGCACUUUUGAGAGAACAGUUUUUCUCGGGUAUUAAUUAUGAAAAUAUAGUGUUAGCCGGGCUAAGAAUGGUCCUGGGAGGUUUAGAAAUAGGAAAUGCAAUAAGUUACCUUUUUUUUUUUUUUUUUUUUUUAAUCUUCGAAAAAGUUUAAAGACAAAAUUGCCUUUUUCCUUAUAAAAAUUUCACUACUACUUGUACCUGUGAAGGUAAGUCCCUAGUUUUCAUUCCUCAAAGGUUAUACAGUGUGAUUCUUUUAGAACUGACCUAUUUCAUUGGGCUAUAGUUUUUGUUAAAAAGUAUCCGAUUUUAAUGCAGUUUGUGGCAAAAGAUUCAAGAAGCACAGAAAUUUAGUGGUCCAUCCCGUUUUUUGAUGUGGAAUGCCGAAAAAAAGAAACAAGAAAUAACAAAAACUGCAGAAUGCUAUACAAGGAGGGAUGGCUUGGGCCUUUAAAACAUUGUUAAAAACUAAAAACUCUGAUUGUUGCAUACCAAGCAUGACAAGUAAAUAUUAUAAAUUAAAUAUUAUUUAUAAUCACUUACCCUACAGUAGGUGUUGAAAAUGACCACCCUCCUGGCAUAGGGAUAACCGAAUUCGCCACUCCAUGUUGGCUGCAACACUCCACAAUGUGCUGCAGUGAUGUUUGCUAUUUUCCUAGAAAUGUUGCCCUUUAAUUCAUCCAGUGUCCGUAGUUUAUCAUGAUAGACACAACCCUUCAGAAAACCCUGUAAGAAAAAAUCUGGUGACCGAGGAGGCCACAAACUUUUGGAAAUAAUGCAGUCCCCGGAGAAACUCCUGAUCAAAUCUGUACUUUGUUUUGACGUAUGGCAUGUUACACCAUCAUUCUGGCAAUACCCCUCAGUCAGUUCGGCGUCAUCAAGCUGCUCUACAAAUUCAUUAAAAACGUGCAUGUAGUGUUCGCUGCCUCGAACUUUAUUGGGUAAAAGAAAAUGACAAAAGUAGCAAUAUUUUAAAUACAGUGUGAAUUGUGAUUUUGGAACCACAAUAAGUGCAACGAGCAUGGAAAACGGAAUAUUUUAGUAUUUAACAGUUUCAAGAAUUAUUCAAAUAAGGUAUGGUUAGCUGCAAAACAUACAAUGAUGAUGACGAUGGAAUGAUUUUGUUACCUGGCAUACCAGUAUACUUCCGUAACAGCUAUGUUUCUGAAACCACUCAUCUUAUUAUAAAAAUUUUUAUAUUUGUUAUGAACAUAUUUAUUAAAAUAUGCAAAAAAAAAAAAUUUAAAUUAUUUACAUCAUCACAGUUGUUAAUAUAUAACAAGAGAGUAUCUGAAAAAUAAUUUUAUAAUUCUAUGCCAUUAAGUUUCAAUAUUUUCUUCUUAUUUAGUAGUCUUCGCAUUAAAAUUUUAUGCAUAUGAAUAAAUUAUUUAGUUUUAAAUGAGGUAUUAAAAUACAUUUAAGAUGUAACACUGUACUAUUUAAAUCUGAAUGCAGCAGUAGAAUUGGCAUGAAUAUAUUAAAGAUUCAUUCUGUAUAGGAGUGAAAAAAAAUUGUGAAUAAUGAGGUUCCUAUUUCACAUAUUUGUCUCGAUGAAUUCAAUGUCUAAAAUAUGUUGUAGGUAGUUUUAUGUACUUUACCUCUGUAUUUGUUUAAAGCAAAGUUCUUUUAGUGUACAGAAGUGAGAAAAUUUUAUGUUUUUCUGUUAUGUAAUUAAGGUUUCUUUUUAAAUUCAUAAUUGAUUUUGCAGUUAAUAAAGUUUACUAUUUUAACAAGUUAUUUUCACUUAAUGCUUCUUCCUGUUUAUUUUCCCCCAUAUAGUGCUAAUAACUAAGAAUAUGUAAUAUGCAUAAAAUGUAGUUCAUUUUAUGUGCUUUUCAUUCUUAAAAACAAAUUUUAAGUAUUAUUUAAUUUUUUUUUUCCUAAAAGUUGAAAUGAGGGGAAUAUUAUGUAAGUAAUUUAGUUGCCUGAAACAAUAUUAAAUAUUUAAAAUUGGGUAAAAACAGAUGUCUUAGUUUGCUGCAGAUUUGGAAUAAAACUCUGCUGAUUUUCAGGGAAACUAGAAACAAGUCCUUUAUCUUGUGGAGCAAAAGAUUGCUUUGCAAAAAUUGGACCUUGAUGGAUGGCACUAUGUUUAUUUUUGUUAUCCUCUGCCCAUAACUUUCAAUAUAAAAUAGUUAUGUAGCUUACAUAUUUUUAAAAAUAUCUUUGUUUCCGAAGAAGGCGUAUUAUGUCUGAUUGCCCUUGAAAUUGAUAGAGUUUUAUUCAAAAUGUGUGCCAAACUAAAAUUGUUUCUUUGCCCAAUUUUACAUUGGUGUGUUUCUCUUUUAUUUUGUUUUAAUAUUUAAUUUAGGGAGAAAUUUUGAAAAAUUUUUUGUCCUCCCAAUUCUCCAUACCAAAAAAUAAUGUGUUAUAAUUUGAAUAUUUGUAAUUUCUGAUAAUUUUAAAGUCAGUAUAUCGCACAUUUUAAUUCAGUAUUUUAAUUCUUUGUAAUUAAGUUUUUUUUUUUUCAAAUUUUGCGUAAACAUUAAUUUUUUGUACAUUAUUGUGUUUGUCAAAUUUGAAUUUACUUGUGAAGAGUGAUAUUUUAAAUGUAAACUUUUUGUUUUGUGUUGCACAAAUCUUGUUACCCUUUAUAAUUUCUUGCUUUAUGUUGUUUUUUCUCUGAAAAAUUUAUGAGUUUUGUAAAAAAAGAAUGAUUUUAUCAAUGCCGAUUAAUUCUGAUUUAAUGCUAAGUACAUUCGUAAUUAAUAACCAUACACAUGGAAAGGAGUUUAAACAAUUUUUCCAUUACCUUUAUGCGAAUUAAUUUUUUUAUCAUUUGUUGCAUAAGAAUUAUUAGAGAAGCAGCUAUUUAUAAGUAAUUGUAAAACAAAUAUAAUUCAUAAAACAAGUUCAAGUGGAAAACAAGAUUGAAUGAUAUAUAAAAUAGUUAUCCAGUUUUAAUGUGUUUUUAAAUUAAUGCAAUGGAAAUUGAAAUUUCAUGCCUAAAUAUUAAAAAAUUAAUGCAUGUAAGAGGAUUAUAAAAUACUGCUUUAAAAGAAAAUUUUCUUUGCCAAAUGCAUUUUCUGUGGUAUUCUUUGUAUAAUACUUUUUUAAUACACUAGUGAGUAUUAAUGUAUUUCUUCAGUUUUGAAAAUUUUUAUUAGUAACUCAGCCAGGUAAAAAAAAAUAAAGAAUGGUGUAAUGAUUUAAGUAUCAAAGCAUAAUCAAUAAUUACAUAAUUUUUUUAUCAUUUUGUUUUUGCUUAUGAAGUUAGAAAUUUUGCCUAUAUUUUUAGCUCAAUUUUUAAAUUUAGUAUAUGGGAUUAUUCUUUUAACGAAAAAUCUGCUUAAAAUUGCACAAUAACGAAGAAACAGUAGGUCCAGAAAAACUUGUAAUACCCUUAUUAAUCAUCAUUGUUUUUUAGAGUCACAAACUUGUUUUUCUCUUCUUGUAAACCAAAGCAUGUUUAUAUUAAACAAUUCAUAUGUGUGUAUUAUAUCUAACAUUGUGUAUGUAUUCUUAUUUAAAUGUUCUGUGAAGUAGUAUAUAUGUGUCUGUCUUGUGCAUGUAUUUAUGUAUGUAAUUUUGUAUUUUAAAACAUUGUAAAUUAGUAUAUUUUUGGAGGCACAAAAUUUAAAUGUAUAAAAACAUUUUGCCUCUAUUGCAGCAGUGAAAUGAUUAAUAUAAUUAUUGAACUUAGUGCCAUGUAAUUAUUUGUAUUAGGCUUUAUUCAUAAAGAACAUGCUAUUGUAUUACAGUUAUCUCUUGUUUUGCUAUUUAAUGGAAUUAUCCUGUUUCUUUCAUAGCAUGUGGUUAUAUCACAAAGUGUUUUCAAGUUUUAUCAAGACAAUUUUCUUAAAGAGAGAACGUCUUCAUAUUUAUAUAUUUCUCCCUCUGAUUUUAACAAAGAAAAUUUUUAAAUGAAAAUAGGAACACAAAAUUUGCAGUACUUUGAGAAAUAAGAUUUUACUUCUUUUUAAGGAAAAGAGCUAAGUUCCAUCUCUUCAAAAUUUGAAAAGAAAGGAUAUCAAAUAUCCUUGGAAUAUUUUGUGAUGUGUGAAGAAAACAGAUUCAACAGCUUUCCACAUCCGGUCUCCUUAGCAUGAUAUUUUGAGCAUUUUAAAUGUCAAACAGAAAAGAAAUAGUUCAAAUACUCUUUGAAAUGAAAUCUGCUUACCACUGACGUGGAAUUUAACCUCAUAUCAGUAUCAUACAUUACAUUAUAUUCUCUGUCAUAAAAGCUGAAGUACUGAAAUUGAUGUUUUUAAACUUGUUACUAAUUUUUAAUCUUUCUAAUUUUCUGAUCUUUAUUGCCAUAGUUCAUUUGUUGAUAUCAAAAGUGUUUUCUGUAAAAUUUGGUAUUCAUAAUAUGUUAUUAGAAGAUGGAAUUGUAUAGGAUAUGCUGUGAGCAUUAAAAAUUAAAAAAAAAAAAAAACUUUUAUCCUAGUACUGAAGAGAAAAAAUAAUAUAUAAUUCCGUUAAGAUUUUCAAGCAUAUUUCUAAUAGGAGACUCUCUCACAUUUGGAUUAAUUACAUUAAUUUAUUUAAAUUUUGUGUGAUGAAGCUUGUUGUAUGAAAAAACCAUUUUAACAGUAAAUGCAAAUAAAUAUUUUAGUUAUUAUUCAGCUGCUGCUGUAUUAUGA